AUGUGCCGGUUAUUUGCGCCGCAUCUGGUCCGGCCCGCUUUGUCUGACAAGCGUGAUAAAGCCUUUGGUAAUCAGCAAGGCUGUUUGCCGGUGCAAACUUGGAUCCCUUACAAAUGGCCAUUGGCUCUUGACAUCUUGAAACGACAGUAUGAUGCGUCUUCAGAACAACAACUACUGUUGUUUCAAUCCCAAUACUUUGACAAACUCGGACCGAACAUGACAUUCAAGCUGUUUGGUAACCAGGGCUAUCUGACCGCUGACCCCAAAAACGUUGAAGCCAUCCUCUCUACGAAUUUUGAAGGUCUCCUCAAACAUUCGAGGGAGCUUUUGCGUCGCCAAUUCGUGCGGAUUCACCGACAGGACUCUGAGGUCUUCGAUGAUCAUGUGAAAGACUUGAUCGCCAAGUUGAAUUCAGAGAGCGGUGUCGUAGAUCUCCAACCACAUUUUCUGCGCUUCACCUUGGCAACCACGACGGCGCUGAUCUUCGGGGAGCCUGUGAUCUCUGUGCCAGGGGAAGAGACUGACGCCUUUGAGAAGUCAUUUGAUUAUGCAAGCUACAUCAGUGCGCUCAGACUUCGCCUUGCGGAUUUCGAGUGGAUAUGGAAGUCUGCAAAAUUUAGGGAGGCUUGCACUGUGAUCAAAGACUUUGCGAUGCAUUUUGUGCAACUUGCCCUCAAAGAGAUGGAGCAGAACGGCGAGGAGGCGGCUUCGGAGAAGUAUGCUUUUAUAAUCGAGCUCUAUAAGGAGAUGCAGGACCCGGCGCUUGUGAGGGAUCAACUGGUUCAUGUGCUUAUUGCCGGAAGAGACACAACGGCAUGUCUGAUGUCUUGGACAUUCUUCCUUCUGGUGCGGCAUCCUGAAGUUCUCGCAAAAUUGCGGGCCGAAAUCCAAGAUGUCACGGGGGGAUCAUCAGAUAUGAGUCGAGCAAUCAUCAGCAAGAUGAAGUAUCUUCGCUGCGUGAUCAAUGAAGUUCAGCGAUUAUACCCUCAACUUCCCUUCAGCGUGCGAGUAGCUGCCAAAACCACAGUCCUCCCAAGUGGAGGGGGGCCACAUGGAAAGUCGCCCGUGCUCAUACCCAAGCAUACGGGCAUUGGGUACUCUGUGUAUCAUAUGCACAGGCAAAAGAGCAUAUAUGGCAAUGAUGCGGAAAUCUUCCGGCGUGAAAGAUGGCUGGGUCCAGAACUGGAUAGCGUUGGCUGGGGUUUCAUGCCCUUCCAUGGAGGGCCCAGGAUUUGCCUGGGUAAGGAAUUCGCAUUGACAGAAGCGUCGUAUGCCAUCAUACGCAUCAUUCAAACCUUCCCAGGGCUCAAAUUGCCAGCUGAUAUACCUGUUGUACCUACUGGAGAGGAAAAGCAGGCUAUGACAAUUGUGGUAAUCAGUGCGGAUGGAUGUAAGGUCUCGCUCGGCUAG